UCCCCUCCCGCCGCCAUCUUGCUCCCCGGCCCUGGGAUGGAGGCCGGCGGGGCCCGCCGCGAGAAGGCGCCGCCCGCGCCCAAGGCCAAGGAGGCGCCCGGCAGCCGCGGGGAGAAGGCCAAGCAGCGCGCGGCCCAGCAGGAGCUCAAGCAGCGGCAGCGCGCCGAGAUCUAUGCCCUCAACAGAGUGAUGACAGAGCUAGAGCAGCAGCAGUUUGAUGCCUUCUGCAAGCAGAUGCAAGCGUCUGGCGAGUGAGGGCCGGGCCCAGCAUCCCAGAGGGUCAGCAGCCGUUCCACCUGCAUGGCCAGCCUCAAGGGACAGAGCCCCAUGCGUGGCCAAGUCAGAUGGAACUGGACACUCCCUGAACACGGAGAGGCAGCGUGCCGUAGGCGCUUCACCCAGACCAGCCAAUGUUGCUCUUUCCCAUCCCAGCCAGCACCUGGCUCUUUGCUACCCCAGCCUGUCCUCAUUUUGGAACACUGGUUUUUAACUCUAUUUAUUACUAUGGUUUGAGAAAUAAACUUUAAAAAAAAAUAAAGCCGUUUUCUGCAUCUG